CCGCCGCCUCGGCCUCGGAGCACAUGCGGGUUGGGUUGAUCUAUCAGCGGACUUUCGGCAAAUCGAGUCACUUCAAGCGAUAAAACGAUGCACUGGACUGAAAUGAAGAAAGACGAGCUCGAGAGGCAGUUCUCACCCAGCCGGUGGUCGCACAGGAUGUCGGCGGACGACGUGAUCAAGGCCCACGUGAAGGCGUUGAAAGAAGGUACGGAGCGAGCCCGCGGCCUGGCUCAAACUUUACUCAACGUGCCAUACGGGGAGGGAGAUGGAGAGAAACUGGAUGUCUACAUACCCAGCACCAACUCUUUGGAUGUCCCCCUCGUUAUUUACCUACAUGGGGGCUACUGGCAGUUUCUCAGCAAGGAGGAGUCAGGAUUCAUGGCUGUUCCACUCAUUGAUAAAGGGGUAGUGGUGGUUGCCGUCAGUUACGACAUCGCCCCAAAAGGCAACAUGGACCUGAUGGUGUCUCAAGUACGCAGGAGUGUUGUGUCUGUCAUUCAGCAGUAUUCUCACAUCAGUGGCCUGUACCUGUGUGGCCACUCUGCCGGGGCUCACCUGGCUGCAAUGGUCCUCUCCACUGACUGGUCGCAGUAUAGCAUUGCUCCUCAGAUCAAGGGGGCUUUCUUGGUCAGUGGCAUAUACGACCUCCUGCCCAUCCUGUCCACCUACGUCAAUGAGCCUUUGAAGAUGACAGAGGAGGUGGCGGUCAGGAACAGCCCCAGCAAGCUGGUCCCUCAGCUCAAACUCUCCUCCGCCAACUGCCACAUUGUUGUGGCCGUUGCUGAGAAGGACUCGGCAGAGUUUCGCAAGCAGUCAGAAGAAUACUACAAAACUUUAGAGGCAUCAGGAGUGAAUGUGACCAUGGAGGACGUGCCAAACACAGACCACUUCAAUAUCAUUGAGCAACUGGUAGAUGGGGAGUAUCGCCUAACAAAGCUUCUCUUGGAGACAAUGGGGAAGGGCUGAGGUGUCUCCGAUCCAACAUCUCAUAUCAACAUACCUCUGUAUCAACAUACACCGCUUAACAGUCAUCGUGCACCGAUACUGAUAAGAUAUGCAUUGUUUCAGGUUUGUACAGUGGUAAAUGUAAAAUUUCUAUCCAUGUUGAUUGAUCAAAAAUAAUAUGGCAAGGAUUGUUUUGAGGGUCUAGUUUACUGUUUCAUUAUUUAUAAUGAACUUUCUUCAGUGUAAUUACAUAAAAAUGUCCCAAAUAAGCUAAAUAUGUUCAAACAACAUUAAAAUCUUACAUAAACAUUGUGUGCCUAAAUUUGAAGGAUGGUGAUUGUUGCUAAUUUUACUACGGAUAAACCUGCUCUUGUAAACACUUUUUUUUUCUUUUUUCCCCCUGUGACAAUCUGCAACUUCAAGUCCUUAGAAAGGACAAUAACAGAAGGUCAUGUCAAGAAUACUGACAUAUGAUACAACGUGAAUGUAGCUUUUUAUUUUAAACUCCACAAUGCUGAUAUCUCACGCUGGAAAAUUUAAUGUGCCAUCCACACUUGACCAUGUUGGUAGUGAAAACUAUAUAUUUUCACUUUUUAUUUUACCCUAAUAAAGUAGAAGAAUACUGAUUAUUCAAAUAGACAUAUUUUUUAACAAACGUGACUAAAUUGUAACUGUUGGCACAUUGUUACUUACUGCCCCCAUUCUAGCAUCUUUAAUAAUUGUUUACAUUAUUGUUUGCACAGUACUCUGUUAAUCAUCACUGUAG